CGUUCCGUCCCGCCACGGCCGCCGCUGCGCUCAUUGGGCUGACGUGUGCAGCUCCUCGGCGUCGCGGCGAGUCCGUCGUGAUGGCGGACGCCUGGGAAGAGAUCAGGCGCUUGGCCGCCGACUUCCAACGGGCGCAGUUCGCCGAGGCUACGCAGAGGUUGUCAGAGCGGAACUGUAUUGAGAUUGUGAAUAAACUGAUUGCUCAGAAACAGCUAGAAGUAGUUCACACACUUGAUGGAAAAGAAUAUAUUACUCCAGCCCAGAUUAGUAGAGAAAUGAGAGAUGAGCUACAUGUCCGAGGUGGUCGAGUUAAUAUUGUUGAUCUACAACAGGUCAUUAAUGUCGACUUGAUUCAUAUUGAAAAUAGAAUUAGUGACAUUGUUAAAUCAGAAAAACAUGUCCAUCUAGUACUGGGACAGCUAAUAGAUGAGAACUAUUUGGAUCGGUUAGCAGAAGAGGUAAAUGAUAAAUUGCAAGAAAGUGGUCAGGUAACCAUAUCAGAAUUGUGUAAGACCUAUGAUCUUCCUGGAAACUUUCUAACACAGGCACUAACUCAGCGACUUGGUAAAAUUAUCAAUGGACAUAUUGAUCUUGAUAACAGAGGAGUAAUUUUUACUGAAGCUUUUGUAGCUCGACAUAAAGCACGCAUCCGUGGACUAUUCAGUGCUAUUACCCGGCCAACUGCAGUGAAUUCUCUGAUUUCAAAAUAUGGAUUUCAGGAGCAGCUUCUUUACUCUGUACUUGAGGAGCUUGUUAAUUGUGGACGUGUACGAGGCACUGUGGUUGGUGGAAGACAGGAUAAAGCGGUGUUUGUCCCUGACAUCUACUCCAGGACACAGAGUACUUGGGUGGAUUCUUUUUUCAGGCAGAAUGGCUAUCUUGAGUUUGAUGCUUUGUCCCGACUUGGAAUCCCAGAUGCUGCAAACUACAUAAAGAAAAGGUACAAGACUGCACAGCUCUUAUUUCUGAGAGCAGCUUGUGUUGGUCAAGGACUUGUGGACCAAGUGGAGGCAUCAGUAGAGGAAGCCAUCAGCUCUGGAAGCUGGGUUGAUAUUUCACCCCUGCUGCCCAGUUCUUUAUCGGUUGAAGAUGCUGCCAUGUUGCUCCAACAGGUGAUGAGAGCAUUCAACAAACAGCCUUCAGGUGUAGUCUUUAGCAACACUGUUGUGGUCAGUGAAAAAUUUAUAAAUGACUGUCUAGAACUGUUCAGUGAGCGGAUGCACCAAAAAGCUGAAAAGGAAAUAAAAAACAAUCCUGUGCAUUUAAUCACUGAAGAAGAUCUGAAACAAGUCUCCCUUUUAGAAAAUGUUAACACAAAUAAAAAGGAUAGAAAAGAUGAGCGCAGGAGGAAAGCAACAGAGGGCAGUGGAAGUGUGAGAGGAGGAGGCGGGGGCAAUGCCAGAGAAUACAAAAUGAAAAAAAUCAAGAAGAAAGGAAGAAAAGAGGAUGAUAGUGAUGACGAGUCCCAGUCAUCUCAGCGAAAGAAGAAGCCAGAGGUAACUUUCAUGUUCCAGGAUGAGAUUGAAGAUUUUUUAAGCAAACACAUACAAGAUGCCCCUGAAGAAUUUAUUUCCGAACUUGCUGAGUACUUAAUAAAACCUCUUAAUAAAACCUAUCUUGAGGUGGUACGUUCAGUGUUCAUGUCUUCAACUUCCGCUUCUGGAGCUGGUAGAAAACGCACAAUCAAGGACUUACAAGAAGAGGUUUCAAACCUAUACAAUAACAUUAGAUUAUUUGAAAAGGGGAUGAAGUUUUUUGCAGAUGACACGCAGGCUGCUCUCAGCAGGCACUUGCUGAAGACGGUGUGCACGGAUAUAACUAACCUCAUCUUCAACUUCUUGGCUUCAGAUUUAAUGAUGGCAGUAGAUGGUCCUGCAGCCAUUACAAGCGAAGUAAGAAAAAAAAUUUUAAGUAAGCUGUCAGAAGAAACCAAAGUAGUGCUCACAAAACUCCACAACUCUCUGAACGAAAAAAGCAUAGACGACUUUUUUUCUUGUCUGGACUCUGCCGCAGAAGCUUGUGAUAUUAUGGUGAAAAGGGGAGACAAAAAGAAGGAAAGGCAGAUAAUGUUCCAGCAUCGACAAGCACUGUUUGAACAGCUAAAGGUCACAGAAGACCCCGCUCUUAUUCUGCACCUUACAUCAGUCCUCUUGUUUCAGUUCUCAACCCACAGCAUGCUCCAUGCACCUGGAAGAUGUGUCCCACAGAUCAUCGCUUUUCUUAAUAAUAAAAUUCCAGAGAAUCAGCAUACUCUUUUGGUAAAAUAUCAAAGUUUGGUUGUAAAGCAGUUAGUAAACCAAAAGAAGACUGGGCAUGCAGAGGAUCCCUUGAAUGAGGAAUUAGACAAAGAACAGCAUGAUGUUACCAAUACUACUCGUAAAGAGCUCCAAGAACUUUCUUCUUCCAUUAAGGACCUUGUUUUCAAAUCCAGGAAAUCAUCUGUGACAGAAGAGUAAUAACAGUUAGUUAUAUAGUGAACAUUUUUCCCAAAGUUAAAGGCGAGUGGUUGCAAAACAUUGUCACUCACAACUCCGUACUUCCCACAUCCACUUCUUCCGCCACACAAAAUUCAGUUAAAAUAGUAAUGUUAUAUUUAAUGUAAAUCUUAUAAAGGUGUGAAUUUUGUAAAUUGACUUUUCCGUGGAAGAUUUUAUUUUCACAUACUUUUAUGUGGAGUUUUUCACAUAAAAAUUAUUUUCACUUAAUUCUAAAUAAUUGUAUGUUUCUGGUUCACUUUCAAGAUAAUAAAUUUUUGAUAUUUUUCAUUUCUUAA